AUGGAGAAAUAUUUUAAAAGAAAAGCGGCAGAUCAAUUGUCACCUCCUCUAAGAACAGAUGCAUUAAAUCAUGGUACUGCAAAACGUCAAUGUGAGGAAAUCAAUCUAGCUGAUCUUCCUUCAGAUCCUGGGCUACGAACUCGAAUUUUGGAUUACAAUCCUACUGUCCAAGAUCAGGUACGCAGAGCUUAUUUGCAAAGAGGUCCUUGCCAACCUAAAAAACACAAUUUUCCUCAAACGAAUUUUAGUAACACAAUUCGAAGGUUCAACCCUGCUUGGUUUGAUGAAUAUGCUAGUUGGUUGGAGUAUAGUAUUGAAAAAGAUGCUGCAUAUUGUCUAUAUUGUUAUCUGUUCAAACCAAACAAUGGAGAACAAGCUGGUGGUGAUUCCUUUGUUAAAAAUUGGAAGAAAAAAGAAAAGCUAAAAAUUCAUGUUGGAGGCACUAAUAGUGCACACAACCAUGCUAGGCGAAUGUGUGAAGCUCUAUUAAAUCAGAGGCAACAUGUUGAGACAUUUUUUUUCAAACAAUCACAUCAAGAUCGAAGUGAUUAUCGUAUUCAGUUAAAUGCAUCAAUUGACUGUAUUCGAUAUCUUCUACGACAAGGGAUGGCAUUUCGUGGUCAUGAUGAAUCUGAUGAUUCAAAUAACAAAGGUAACUUUCUUGAACUUUUGCAUUGGUAUUCUAAUAGAAAUGAGGAAGUGAAGAAAGUUGUACUGAAAAAUGCUCCUGCAAAUCUUAAGUUAACAUCACCCGAUAUACAAAAGGAUAUUGUGAAUGCUGCUGCAAUUGAAACUUUAAAUAAAAUUAUUGGAGAUGUUGGUAACUCAUUAUUUUCAAUUCUUAUUGAUGAGUCUUGCGACAUAUCUGGAAAAGAACAGAUGGCCAUUGUAUUGCGAUAUGUAUGCAAGGGACAUGUAAUUGAGCGAUUUGUUGGUGUUGAGCAUGUUAAUGAUACUACUGCUUUGUCACUUAAGAAGGCAAUUGAUAAUUUCUUUUCGAGAAAUAAAUUGAGCAUAUCUAGGUUGCGUGGCCAAGGCUAUGAUGGUGCCAGUAAUAUGCGGGGAGAAUUCAAUGGUCUUAAAACUCAUAUUUUGAAGGAAAAUGAGUCUGCUUAUUACGUUCAUUGUUUUGCUCAUCAACUUCAAUUAGUUCUUGUGUCUGUUCCUAGGAGUAGUGUUAGGUUGUAA